UACUAUCGAGUCAGAUAGAUAGUUAGAUACCAUUUUAUCUACAGAUUGGUUACCUCUUCUUCAUCAUGGAAACAGGAGCGGUGAUCACCAAAUCCCUCCAGUUAUGCACAACAGUAAACCACCUCCAACAAGUCCAUACCCUCUUCCUGAAAACCCUCAGCAAGCCCCUCCAACGCCACCUUCUUCCUCGUUUCGUCACCGCACUCUUGGAAUUACCCGGGCGCAACGACGCGUAUGCACGCCAACUGUUCGACGAAAUACCCCACUGCACAGACCAGUUCCUCUGGACGUCCGUCAUACGUUACCAUGUCCGUCACGCUCGUUGCACUCAAGCCAUCGUCUUGUACGCCGAAAUGCAUCGCACGGGAGUCCCUCCUUCUCGUUUCACCUUAUCUUCGGUGCUCAAUGCAUGUGCUCGACUUCCCGCUAUCUUGGAAGGCAAGCAAGUGCACAAAAGGCUGAUCCAGUCCGGUGUUCUUCCGAACAACAAGAUAGUCGAAACUACAUUGCUCGACAUGUAUGCGAAAUGUGGCUUUCUCGAUGAUGCUCGAAGCAUCUUCAAUGCAAUGAUUCACAAGGAUUUAGUUGCUUUUACUACUAUGAUCUGCGGCUACACCAAAAUGAGCAGGAUGAGUGAGGCACGGCGGUUGGUUAAUACCAUGGAGGAGCAUAAUGUGGUUUCCUGGACUGCGAUGGUGGCUGGCUAUGCAAACUGUGGUGACAUGCGAGCAGCUAGAGAGCUGUACGAUGAGAUGGGCGAGAAGAACUCGGUUACUUGGGUGGCAAUGAUAGCAGGAUAUGGCAAGUGUGGUGAUGUGAAGGAGGCUAGAAGUGUGUUUGAUUGUGUACGAGAGAUGGAAGAUGCUUCCUGUUGGGCUGCAAUGGUGGCGUGUUAUGCACAAAAUGGAUGUGCUAAGGAAGCUAUUGAUAUGUACAUGGAGAUGAGAGCAAGAGAAGUUAAAAUCUCUGAUGUCGCUAUUGUAGGAGCUCUUUCUGCUUGUACUCAGCUUGGAGAUGCUGAAUUGGCCACCACAUUAGCUGCAGAUGUCGACCGACUAUGUCGUGGACGAAGGGUGUUUGUGUGGAAUGCUCUAAUCCACAUGCACGCAAAAUGCGGUUCCUUGGACUUAGCCCAGAAAGAAUUCAAUGCAAUGAAGGAGAGAGACGUAAUCACUUACAGCACAAUGAUCACCGCCUUGGCAGACCAUGGCCAGUCUCAGGAAGCUCUGAGCAUGUUCCAACAAAUGCAAAAUGAAGGGCUGAGGCCGAAUGAGGUUACCUUUGUCAGCAUUCUCAAUGCCUGCAGCCAUGGAGGUCUCGUCGAGGAAGGAUGCAAGAGCUUCGAGCUCAUGACUUCUUUGUUCGGGAUCAGGCCUCUGGCUGAGCACGUGACUUGCAUGGUGGAUCUUUUGGGCAGAGCUGGGCAACUCAAAAGAGCUUACAAUCUUGUAAUGGAGAAUGUUGACUUGGCCAAUGAUCCAGGAAUCUGGGGUGCUUUCCAUGCUGCUUGUAGGCUUCAUGGUGAUGUAGAAAUGGGUGAAAUGGCUGCUAGGAAACUAGGGGAGAUGGAUCCUGAAGAUCCUGGGAAUCAGGUUGUUUUGGCUAGUGGUUAUGCUUCGAAUAGUGAUUGGCAAGCUGCUGAGAAGGUGAGGAAGAUGAUAAGUGGAAAAGGGACGAAGAGAUCCCCUGGAUGUAGCUGGAUUUCUGGUUGAUGACCAUCGUCAAAAUGCUGAACGACCUGGUGGCGAAUGGUUGCGUUAUCAGAUCCAUGGGUUCGUAGGUUGUGUUAGGAUAGGUUCGUGGAUCCAUAAGUUAAGUUAUAAUGCUUAAUGUUUGAAAAGUGUAGACACUAAAUUAUAAAUGGCAGAGGUGGAUUAGUUUGUCAAAUGGUAAAAAGAUGGUUACCAGAAUGUAUUUCUCUGUUAUCCAGACUGAACGGGCAGAAUUACAUUGACCUCCUCAGCUGAAAUUAUACAUAACUGCAAAUGCACCUUAUGAUGGCAUACUUGGGAGAAGAAAUGGUUUCUGUAAACAGGUUUUUGGCUGACUGAGGUUGCUCCAAAGCAAGCUUCCCACUAGAACAGGAGGCGCAGUUGCUGUUUGACUGAUGCAUCUAUCUCACAUUGAGGUGGCCAGGGAAGAUCAUCAACUCCAACAAUCUUCUGCAACUCUGUAAACCGAAACCGAACCCCCAAAAAAAAAAAAAACAUCAAUGUUACAUGAAACAACAGUGAGAGGCUGCUUACUUACCUCCAGUAUCUCAGGAUUUUGCAUCAUAGUUCCAAGAGCACGACGGAUCAGUCCCAAGCUAACCACCGGUAGAAUUGACACAAAAGGUCCCUAUUCGAUCUCUUUUAUUAUGAGCCAAUGCAAAGCAAGGAAGGAGUAACUAAAGUUCUUAGUAGAUAAAAAGAUGUGUACAUUUUUAUUGCAGUAAACUUUUGGUAGUUGUUUCGUUGGGAGGGGGACAAGAAUAUACGAUGAUUUCAACU